AACAAGGCCCUAAAAACAGAGACUAGGCCCAAACAGAAACAAAGCUCAAAGAACAACAAAACCCCAGCAGCAGAGAAGCUGUUGGAGUCGUCGUCCCCAUCGCCGCACUGGUAGCUGACCAUCUGCUGUGGAUACUGUCCCUGUCAGAUGUCAAUGGCUGCUUCUUCCUCUUCCUCAUGGAAAUACGACGUAUUCCUGAAUUUCAGAGGCGAAGACACUCGCAAGAUCUUCGCCGGCCAUCUCUACAGAGCUCUGAAUCAGAAAGCAAUCAACACCUUCAUCGACGCGGAAAAGCUCAGAAAAGGCAACGACCUUUCGGAACUCCUUUCAGCCAUCGAAGAGUCAAGGCUUUCGAUCGUGGUUUUCUCCCAGAACUACGCUUCUUCGACGUGGUGCUUGAAAGAACUGGUCAAAAUCCUGGCGUGCAUGGAUACAAAGAAUCAGAUAGUGGUGCCGAUCUUCUACCAAGUCGAUCCAUCUGAAGUACGCAAGCUCAAGAGAAGUUUUGCAGAAGCUUUUGCUCAACACGAACGCGAAUCGAACGCCGAAAUGGAAGAGGUGAAGAGCUGGAGGUCCGCACUAACCAGAGCCACCAAUUUAUCCGGAUGGGAUUCGCGAAAAUACGAGGAUGAUGCCAAGCUUAUUGAGGAAAUUGUGGAUGACAUAUUUAAGAGAUUGAACCAAGUCUCGUCAAGCAAAGAUAAUGGCUUGGUUGGAAUGGAUUACCACAUGGAUGAAGUGAAUUCACUAUUACGUCCUGAGGUGAAUGAUGUUUUCACUGUUGGAAUAUGGGGUAUGGGAGGUAUAGGCAAAACCACCAUCGCUCACGCUGUUUAUGAUGAAAUCGCUUGUCAAUUUGAAGCUUGCUGCUUUCUCGAAAAUGUCAAGGAAGGCUUCUCGAAAAAUGGUGCAGUACAUAUGCAGGAAGUGCUUCUUUCUAGAAUCUUGAAGGAAAAGGUGCAGAGUUUAGGCACGUUGGAUCAAGGUUCCAGAGUGAUAAUGGAAAGGCUACAAAGGAAAAAGGUUUUCAUUGUUCUUGAUGACGUUGAUGAAUUAUCCCAAAUCGAAGGCUUACUUGGAAAGCAGCAUUCAUUUGGCAGUGGAAGUCGGGUCAUUAUAACAACUAGAGAUAGGCAAUUACUAAGUGGAGCUGUUGCGGUUUAUAAGCCCAAGAACUUAAGUGAGCCAGAAGCUCUUCAACUCUUCAAGCGGUAUGCCUUCAGAACAAACCAGCCCACCAAAGUUUAUGAUCAGCUCUCAAGGCAUGUCGUACAAUACGCUCAACAUCUGCCUUUAGCACUCAAAGUCUUGGGAGCUUUUCUUCAUAACAAAACUGUACGCGAGUGGGAAGAUGUGUUAGAAAAAAUAAGGAAGAUCCCGCAAAGGGGAAUUCAUGAUGUGCUUAAAACAAGCUUCAAUGGACUAGAUGAUUCAGAGAAGGACAUCUUUCUAGAUAUUGCAUGUUUCUUCAAAGGAAUGGAUAUAGACACAGCAAAAAAAAGUCUGGACAGUUGUGGCUUCUAUCCUCAUACUGGAAUAAGAGUUCUAAUUGAUCGAGCUCUAAUAUCUGUCUCAAUGUGGGGGACACUGGAGAUGCAUGAUUUACUAGAGGAAAUGGGUCGGGAAAUCGUUCGCCAAGAAUGUAUCAAAGAGCCUGGGAGAAGAAGUAGGUUGUGGAGUUAUGAAGAUGUUCGUCAUGUGCUGACUCAAAAUACAGCUACAGAAGCAGUUGAAGGCAUAAUCCUGGAUUCAGCAAUCUUUAAAGAGGGAUGCUCAAAUGCUGAAGCUUUUGUUAGUAUGACAAAACUAAGACUGCUCAUGAUCCGUGAUUGCUUCAUAGAACACUGGAUUGCGGACUUAAAGUUCCAAUCUUCUCAGCUGAGGUGUCUCGUCUGGCGUGGUUGCCCCCUCAAGUCUUGGCCAUCCAACUUCCAGUUCAAGAAUCUUGUAAACCUUGACAUGAUGAAUAGUUGCAUCGAACAACUUUGGAAAGGAGCUGAGCCUCUGGAAAAGUUGAAAUUCAUCAAUUUAAGUUAUUGUGAAUACCUUAAGAAAACCCCCGACUUCACAAAGGCUACAAGUCUUGAGGAACUAAAUUUUGAAGGUUGUACAGGGUUAUAUGAGGUUGACCCAUCUAUUUCAGCUCUGAAAAGCCUUGCUGUAUUGAAUCUACGAGAUUGUCGAGAACUCAAGAGCCUGCCGAGCAGCAUUCAUAUGGGAUCUCUUCAAACCUUUAUUCUUUCGGGUUGCUCAAACCUUGAGAAGUUUCCAGAUAUUUCAGAUGUUAUGGAGAGUCUGUCAGAGCUUCAUUUAGAUGAGACUGCAAUUAAAGAACUGCCUUUGUCAAUUAAUAAACUCACGGGCCUUACUGUUUUGGACCUAUGUGGGUGUCAAGAACUCAAAAGCCUGCCGAGCAGCAUUCAUAUGGGAUCUCUUCAAACCCUUAAUCUAAGAGGCUGUCGAGAACUCAAGAGCCUGCCGAGCAGCAUUCAUAUGGGAUCUCUUCAAACCCUUAAUCUUUCUGGUUGCUCAAACCUUGAGAUGUUUCCAGAGAUUUCAGAAGUUAUGGAGAAGCUGUCAAAGCUUCAUUUAGAUGGGACUGCAAUUAAAGAAUUGUCUUCGUCAAUUAAUAAACUCACGGGCCUUACAAUUUUGGACCUAAGAGGCUGUCGAGAACUCAAGAGCCUGCCAAGCAGCAUUCAUAUGGGAUCUCUUCAAACCCUUAAUCUUUCUGGUUGCGCAAACCUUGAUGUGUUUCCAGAUAUUUCAGAAGUUAUGGAGAAGCUGUCAAAGCUUCAUUUAGAUGGGACUGCAAUUAAAGAACUGUCUUCGUCUAUUAAUAAACUCACGGGCCUUACAAUUUUGGACCUAAGAGGCUGUCGAGAACUCAAGAGCUUGCCGAGCAGCAUUCACAUGGGAUCUCUUCAAACCCUUAAUCUUUCUGGUUGCUUAAACCUUGAGAUGUUUCCAGAGAUUUCAGAAGUUAUGGAGAAGCUGUCAAAGCUUCAUUUAGAUGGGACCGCAAUUAAAGAACUGUCUUCGUCAAUUAAUAAACUCACGGGCCUUACAAUUUUGGACCUAAGAGGCUGUCGAGUACUCAAGAGCCUGCCGAGCAGCAUUCAUAUGGGAUCUCUUCAAACCCUUAAUCUUUCUGGUUGCUCAGACCUUGAGAAGUUUCCAGAUAUUUCAGAUGUUAUGGAGAAGCUAUCAAAGCUUUAUUUAGAUGGGACUGCAAUUAAAGAAUUGCCUUCGUCAAUUAAUAAACUCACGGGCCUUACUGUUUUGGACCUAUUUGGGUGUCAAGAACUCAAGAGCCUGCCGAGCAACAUUCAUAUGAGAUUUCUUCAAACCCUUAAUCUGUCUGGUUGCUCAAACCUUGAGAAGUUUCCAGAGAUUUCAGAUGUUAUGGAGAAGAUAUCAGAGCUUGAUUUAGAUGGGACUGCAAUUAAAGAACUGCCUUCAUCAAUUAGAAACAUUCCAAGGCUUUUAUCAUUGAAACUAAGAGAUUGCAAAAAACUUAAGAGUCUUCCAAGCAGCAUUUGUGAUCUCAAGUCCCUUCAGUAUGUUGGUCUUUCUGGUUGUGCAAAGUUUGAGGUGUUUCCAAAUAUUGUAGAAAAGAUGCGACUAAGAGAACUUCACUUGCACGGAACAUCUAUCAAAAGAAUUCCACCGUCAAUUGAAUGUCUUCAUGGGCUUGUGUUACUGAAUCUGAGAAACUGCAAAAGCCUUGGCAGUCUUCCAGAGGAUCUCUGUAAUUUGGUUUCCCUUACUGUUCUCACUCUCUCUGGAUGCUCAAAGCUUCAAAACUUGCCGGAGAAGUUGGGAAAGUUAGAGUCCUUGUGGAACCUUGAAGUAGAGGGAAGUGGUAUAAAACAACUCCCACUUUCUUUAUUACGUUUGAACAAGCUUACAAAGUUAUCAUGUCAUGGAUGUAAAGAAAUGACGGCACCCUUUUCAUCAUGGUCAACAUCAAUGGAAGAUUGUAGUCACCGUGGUCUGGUAUAUCUUGAUUUAAGUGACUGCAAUCUGUUGCAAUUAUCUGGUAUUGCUCAUUUGUCAUCAUUGAAAACAUUAGACCUGUGCAGAAACAAUUUUGAGAGUUUGCCUGCAGAAAUGAAUCGACUUCAUCGUUUAACAGAUCUCAAAUUGGAAGGUUGCAAGAGACUGAAAUCAAUACCAGAGCUUUCAUCAAGUAUAAGUUUCAUAGAUGCCCAUGAUUGCACAGCUUUGGAAUCUGUUUCAAGACCAAAGCUUCCUUACAUGAAUCUUUACUUCACAUUUUCAAACUGCUUCCAGCUGGUGCAAAAUCAAUUUGAAUAUAUUGUGGAAGCUCAUCAGGGUAAUCUGCAACCGCUUUCCUUGUUUAUGUGUCUUCCUGGAAGUAAACUUUCAGAUUGGUUCAGCCAUCAGUGUGUUGGAUCUUCAGUAACUGUCCAUCUACCACCAGUGUCGGAUCAUAAGAUUUUGGGAUUCGCUGUGUGCGCUGUUACCAAGUUCAAGUAUACACAUUAUACAUCUGAUCUAUCUGCUCCGUGUUUUUGUACCUUCAAAGGAGAGCAUGGCGAGUGCAGUUUCAGAUUUGAUUUGAUUGAUUGGAGCUUCGCAUGUGGCAGGUUACUUGAGUCAGAUCACAUGUUCAUGGUAUAUAUUCCAUGGGAAAAUGGAGUGCAGCUAAGUGAGCGCUAUCCCACUGAGGCCACAUUUAGAGUUGAACUAAAAGAUGGAGUCCAAACACGUGAUUUUGUGGCACCAGUUCAGCAGCAUCACAUCAGAAGGUGUGGAGUUCGUCUCUUUUAUGCCAAUCGUGAAGAGUUGCAUAAUUGAAGCAUGACACAGCCCGACUAUCUAUCAUGAAAAUUCUGAAGCGGAACUUCAUGCUUUUGACAAAUCACUGGCAAGAGUUGCUCAUUCUAAGAUGAACCCUGAGGGGUGUUGCUAUAACGGGGCUGAACAAAGUGGAAGUGAUACCCCUGACGCGGAGGAUUUAGGUCUAAAAGAUUGGUACUUCCUGAUGGGGGGAAAGGAAAACUGAAGAGAAAUAAUUGGGAGCUGCUGCAUUUAAGGUUCUGUAAGAGUGAAACCAAUUAGAGAUUGUUUUAGUUGCAGAGAGACAAUUUUGUUUGUAAUUCGUUCUUUCCCUCUUCUAUUUGUAAGUGUAUUUGGGUGUUUUGGGUUUGAGUUUGAGAGCACUCUUUGUAAUCUCCCUUUGUUUAUUAGUGGAACUUCCUCGCUGUCCCCGAACUGGAUGUAGGCUUACGCCAAACCAGUAUAAAUCUUUGUGUCAUUUUGAAUU